AUGAGGGAUCUGGAGGAGGCUGGAAGGGACCUGAGGAAUCUGAGACUUGUUCUGGAGGCGAACCGGGAGGGAGGCGAACCGGGAGGCGAACCGGGAAGCGAACCCGGGAGGCGAACCGGGAGGAAAACAGGGAAGCGAACCGGGAGGCGAACCCGGGAGACGAACCCGGGAGGCGAACCCGGGAGGCGAACCGGGAAGCGAACAGGGAGACGAUCCGAGAGACGAACCCGGGAGGCGAACCGGGAAGCGAACCGGGAAGCGAACAAGGAGACGAACCAGGAGGCGAACAAGGAGACGAACCAGGAAGCGAACCGGGAGGCGAACCGGGAAGCGAACCGGGAAGCGAACAAGGAGACGAACCAGGAGACGAACCAGGAGGCGAACCGGGAGGAGAACCGGGAGACGAACCAGGAGACGAACCCGGGAGACGAACCGGGAGAAGAACCGGGAGAAGAACCGGGAGGCGAACCGGGAGAAGAACCGGGAGGCGAACCGAGAGACGAACCGGGAGGCGAACCGGGAGGAAAACAGGGAAGCGAACCCGGGAGGCGAACCGGGAAGCGAACCAGGAGGCGAACCGAGAGACGAACCGGGAGAGAGGCGAACCGGGAGACGAUCCGAGAGACGAACCGGGAGAGAGGCGAACCGAGCCCCGGAAAUCGUACGUACGUAGCCAGGGAGGAGACCCGGCUACGCUAUGACCCUCCGCGGUGGCUGCCCAAACAUAGCUACCGGCGUGUGAUUGAUGAUGCGGCGGCGGCGGAGGAUUCUACUUGA